CGGGGUUUUAGGCGAGUGACAGAAAUUUGAUUUGAUCAGGCGGGGAUGGUGAGUUUGAGCUCGCAGUUAGGGAGAAAGAAAAAAACCCUAGAUUCAGGUAAAACCUUCUCUUCCUCCAUGUUCUUCUCGUUCGUUGAGUCGAGAAUCGAAUCUUCCUGACGACUCUUCCUUCACUCUGGAUUCGGCCCUGGGUUUUCAUCUUAGGAUGCGAUCGUUAUUGUCCAGAUUUCACAAAAGGGUGCCAAAAGUUUUCGAGAUGAUUUCGCAUUUCAGUAAUUGCGGAGCUUUCUCGGCCAUUUCUCGUGAAAUCGAGAGGCCAAGGUUCAACAUUUCUCAUGUUUGCCGUGUUUCAUAUACUGUGCGAUGUUUUCAGAAUGAUGGAUUUGUCUCUGGGGAGAAACCUUUGUCUCAAAACCCGCCUCAGUCACGUUCACGGUUUUUUGGUAACCAGGUCUCUUGGGGUAUGAGGAAAGAGGCUCAGGAAGUUCUUUUCGACUACUUGCAUUGUACUAGAAGCCUUGGUUUUACAGAUGCAGAGCAUAUAAGUAAGAACUCCCCACAUUUUGUUGCAGCAUUGUUGUCCAAGAUUAAUACCCAGAAGGAUGUAUCCCGGUCAUUGAGGAAAUUUCUUAGGUACAACCCAAUCAACGAAUUUGAACCAUUUUUCGAGAGUUUGGGUUUGCACCCAUCUGAGUUUUCACCAUUUCUUCCGCAACACCUGAUGUAUUUGAGUGAUGAUGGUGCCAUGUUUGAGAACUUUCACAUUCUUUGCAACUAUGGGAUUCCACGUGGCAAGAUCGGGCAUAUGUAUAAGGAAGCAAGAGAUAUUUUCAGUUACGAGUGUGGCGUGUUAGCAUCAAAGCUUGAAGCUUAUGAGAAUUUGGGUCUUAACAAGUCUGUGGUCAUCAAGCUUGUCACAUGCUGCCCAUCACUUCUUGUUGGUGGCCUUGAUAGGGAAUUUGCUUCUGUGGUUGAUAAACUGAAGGAAUUGCAGGUAGGGUGUGAUUGGCUUAGGAGAUCUUUGCCUGCUAGAAGAUCAUACAAUUGGCGUAGAAUUCUUGAAACAAUGGAGUUACUUGAUAAAGUAGGCUAUAAAGAGGAGAAGUUGGGUAGUCUUUUGGAAACACAUCCGGCUUUGGUGAUGGAAGGUUCGGGUAAAAAAGUUUAUGUACUGUUUGGUAGAUUGCUUAAAGUGGGUCUCCAAAUGAAUGAAAUUUAUUCAUUAUUUAUAGACAACCCAGAGAUGUUGUCGGAUAAAUUUAUGAAAAAUCUUUGGAAGACAUUGGACUUCUUGAUUGAUAUUGAAAUGGAAAUGCAGUUCAUCUCAAACAUCUUGUUGACUCGCAUGAAACUCGUUGGUUCAUGCUCUCUGAGAAGACCUAAAACUGUCUGUGCAAGUUUGAAAGUUGAAAAAGAUGAGUUAUGUCAGAUUUUAAAAGGAGAACCUCUUAAAUUAUUCAGUUUCACUUCUGAAUCAAAAAGUAGAACUGGUGAACCUGUUUCACAUGAUUCAAGCAAAGAUGCGGAGAAAAUAGCGUUCUUGCUGAAGCUGGGGUAUGUAGAGAACUCAGAUGAGAUGGUGAAGGCUCUGAAAAGGUUUCGAGGGCAGGGUGAUCAGCUACAGGAGAGAUUUGAUUGCCUCGUUGAAGCAGGGUUGGACCACAAUGUGGUUACAGACAUGAUUAAGCGGGCUCCGAUGAUACUGAAUCAAUCUAGAGAUGUUAUUGAAAGGAAGAUUCGCUCCUUAACAGAUCAUUUAGGUUACCCAGUUGAAUCCCUGAUAGCUUUUCCCGCAUAUUUGUGUUACGAUAUGGAGAGAAUACAUCAUAGGUUCUCAAUGUAUAUGUGGCUGAGGGAAAGUGAUGCAGCAAAGCCAAUGUUAUCACUCAGCACUAUUAUCACUUGUGCUGAUCACCGGUUUGUGAAAUACUUCGUUAAUGUCCACCCUGAAGGUCCGGCCGUGUGGGAAAGUAUAAAGAAAACAUCUUCUACAGAUGUCUCUUGAUUUGUUGUAUCAUUCGACCCAACCUUCUACCCAGCUUCGUGGUCUUGUCAAUACGCCUAAUUUUUCCUUCACUGUCGUCAUCAAAUUAUGACUGUGAUGGUAAGGUUAUGCAGAUACAUAAAAUUUGCUUGCCUAUGAAUCCAUCAGGAUGUGUUAUUGUGUUAACAAACGGAUCAAGGAGUUGGAGAAAACUGAAAGAACAGAGGACUUAAAGAACAUCUGCAAUGGCGGAGCUUGGAUCCUACCUUGAAAUCAUCCUGCUAAAGGUUCACGUUCCUGUGAGGGGAGGGCUGUUCUGUUCAGGAGUUUUGCUUCUUGGUGUAGUAUUCUGAAGAAUACUCCACAAGAGUUAGUUCCAUGGUUGUCGGAUCUCACAUGUUAACUGUAACAAUGACGCUGGCCCUUGAAUGUCAGUUUCCAGAAGUUUUCUUGUGUAAUCCUCAGAUGUUCAUUAUAGUGGCAAUAAUAACAUGUCUGGCACUUCUGUUA